UAGAAGCAUACUGAAACCAAGAUGCGGGUCCCCGGAAAACAUAGUCCCUCACUGAUACGCCUCAUCGGAUACAGAUGCCGCGGCCGCAGCUCGCUGGUGGCCCCAACUAUGGUACGCUGGAGACGACGCCCAAUGCCCCGCCUCGCCGCCUAUCGCAAUGGUACACCAACAUGUUCAUGAUCAACUUUGUCGAGUUCGCAGCCGAAUCCUCGCGCGGCGUCGUGUUGGCCACACUCUUCCUCUACACCAAGUCGCUGGGCGGAGACCUGGCCUUCAUGGGAAUGCUCACGUCGCUCUUCUCAGUGGGGCGUCUCAUCUCGUCCACAGUCUUCGGCUGGAUGUGCGACCACUACUCGUUCCGCUCGGUGUAUCUCGUAUCGUCGGGUAUCUGCCUGGUGGGGAACAUCAUCUACCUCAUCGCGGACCAACAUGUGACUGGCAGUUUGACAGCGUUGGCAGCCAGUCGGUUCAUCGUAGGCUUCGGAGCUGGCAACCGCAGCGUCUGCCGUGCUGACGUGGCCUCGAUCACGACUAUUAACCAGCGCCUCACAUACUUGACGAUGCUGGCCACUGUUGUGUUCCUCGGUUAUGCUUUAACCCCAGGUCUUGGCAGCCUAGUGGCCAAUACCGACACAUACGUGUUGGGUGUUCACUUCAACAAGUUCACGUCUCCAGGGCUGAUUUUGAUCAUCUUUAACGUGUUGACAAUUGCUGGCAUGUUGACGUUGUACGACGCAUCUAUUCAGACUCAUGAUGGUCCAUUGGAGUCCCCACAAGACGCUGCAGUGAAAAAGACUCUGAGCAACAUAACGACCAUGCCAGAACGCAUCGUGAAUAUCGGUGCAGUGGUUUUUAUCUUCCUAAACUUCAAUGCACGCGGCAUCUUGUCUGUGUUCGAGACAGUGAAUAUCCCGCUGUUUCUCCAGGUAACGGGCAGUGAUCCGGAGAGCGUCAGUGCAGUAGUGGACGCGUCCAAUUUCCAGUUUUAUCUGGGGUUACUAGGACUGCUGUCGUAUUUUUCGAUCGAGUACUUCCGUCACAGCAUUUCUGACGUAAACUGGGUACAAUUAGGAUUCGUGAUGCUGCUGUUAGGCAACGUGAUGCUGGUAGUGACGCCUGCCAGCUUAUCAUUCCCACAACUGGCAGUGGCCGAGUUUUUCGUGUGGAGUGUGGGUUGCCCCAUUACGACAGCGGUUGUCGUAGCCGCGUUCUCAAAGCUGCUGGGUGGCCGGCCUCAAGGAACGCUCAUGGGUUUGCUUGGCUCUGCGGCCUCGGUAUCGCGCAUCAUUCUGCCUUUGCUUCCCGCUGCUAUUCCUACACUCUCCCCUGUCUUCUGGAUCGACAUUCUGCUGUGCACCUUCAGUAUUUUGUUGCUGUGGUGGUACAGCCGACUCGUGCACAAAACGAAGCUGCAGAUGCUGGAAGAUGCAGAAAUUGCAUUCCAGUUGCUCUCGCCUGGAAACGAUCCUCGAUCGCCUCUGGGCUCUGACAAAGUGGAUUUCCCUGACAACUGAAGCAUUAAUUUGUUAAUCGAUUUCAGACAAAAACUUUGGUUUGACGAUCUAUUCGAGCUACCAGCCAUGUCUACAUAUUGACAAUCCUAGCUUAGCGCGUAGACGAAGGCUUAACUUCGCCAAAUUGCUGGUGGCCUGUAGCUUCUGAAUGCGAAAGUGCUUCUUUCUGUAAAAAAAGGCAAAUAUUGUGAGCUGAGCGA